AUGGACGUUGACAUCUCAAAUACGAAUCGACGUCGCUCAGCUCGCUUUGCCAAGAAGGCAAAGAUUGCUGUAAAAGGAAGUGUAAAAUCUAAUAAUAAUGAUGAUGAUCAAGAGGAUGCAGCUAGUACUGGUCGUGGAGAUGACCAAGAAGAUGAUCAAGGUCAAGGCAACAACUCGAGUGUUACUGGUGAUGAAGAACAGGAUGAGGAGGAAGACGAUCAUGGACCUCCUCCUCCUGCUAAACGUACUAGGAAGAAAACGAGAAAGGCUCCUGCUACCACCAAACGCAAGCCAAAAACUCCUGCAACUCCUGCUACUACUCCUACGAAUACUCACACACCCAAAACUCAAGCUACGAAACGACGGGCUCCGCCACGAACAGCAGCAGCUCAAAGCGAUGACGAAUCAGAAACUGGCUCAGUCAGGAAUGAAGACUCGUUCUUGUAUAAAGCUGUCGCUGGAGGAUCAGCUGCUCUGGCCGAAAUUGUUGACGAAUGGAUGACAGAUUACGAAGAGAAUCGUGAAGUCGCGCUUCAGGAACUGUUACUAUUUAUAUUCCGCUCUUGUGGAUAUCGCGGCCCAGUAGAGAAUCUAGAACUCGAAGAUUCUGAUAAUAUACCAGAAGAAUUGAGUCAUUUGCAGAAUUCCUUUGCUGGCAAAGCGACUGAAUAUCCCCUCGUCAGUAAAACUUCAAAAAGGAAGAAUGUUGUAGCCAGCAAAUUCCGCAAAAACUAUAAAGAGUUUUGGGCUCGAUGGACUCGUAAAGUCCGUGCUGGUCCUCUCUUUGAUCCUAAAGAUAAUGGGUGGUGCCUGGAAGUAGUCCUAAAUUGGCUAGUACCCAUGUCAUCAUCAGGCUUCCGCCCAUUCCGUCAUACAGCUACUGUUACCGUUCUCAUCAUCGCUACUGGUUUAACUGAACUGGCUGCUGAUACGGAACGAGAAUUAGCUACCGCUCAACGUCAAUUCGAUGUUAAAACCCCGGCAAACGCAACAGCAUUGGAAGCAACAGUGAAUCGUUUGACUGAUCGUAAGCAGCUUCUUGAGGAGCAUCUUACUCACCUCUUUGCUACCGUCUUUAUCCAUCGAUAUCGUGAUUUUGAGCCAACCAUUCGAUCGGAUUGUAUCCAAGAACUUGGUAUAUGGAUUCGUCUACAUCCAGCUAAAUUCCUUGCUUCUGAGUAUCUGAGAUACAUUGGUUGGAUACUCUCAGACAAGGUCGCUCUAGUGCGAUUGGAAGCCUUGAAAGCUCUGACGCCUCUGUACGAGCCAGAAUCUCAUCACGGUGGUUUACGUGAAUUCAGUCAACGAUUCCAACCACGUCUUGUAAAUAUUGCUAGAAGGGACGUAGAUGUCGCUGUUCGUAAAGAGGCGAUUGGCAUAUCUGUCAAGUUGGCUUCUAUUGGUUUCUUGGAAGAAGCUCGACGUGAUGAGCUCUUGGAACUCAUUGCCGUUAAGGAUGAGUCUAGCCGUGCUUUACUGGUACCUCUAGCUGUGGAAACGCAUCGAGAAGAAUAUGUCGAGGCCUUGAAGCUUGAGAUUACAGGCUUGAUGGAAGAAGACCGAGUCACAGACAUGGUGAACAUCAAGGGUCUCUUACAGCUUCUGGAAAAGGUUGUGACUGCCCAUGAUAAACCAAAUAAUGCUAUCACUGCAAAUAAGACUAAUGCUAACGAUAAGUCAGAUCAUGCAAUGAAGCCCAAAAGUAUACUCGAUGAAGCUGAAGAAGGCACCAUUCCAGAAGUUGAUGCUGUAGAAUCGGAUUCUGAGGCUGCUAAAUCCCGUCGUCGAGACAUAGAACAACUGCGAGAAUGGGUAGUAGCUACAGACGCUACACCUCUUGUAUCCGAAUCGUCAUCGGCAUCGGUCUUGCCCCAGAUCGUAUCGUCUCUGUGGACAGAUCUAAAAAUCAUCCAAAACUACCGUGCCAUGAUAAAUUACCUAGGUAAAGACAUGAGUGCAGGUACUGAUGAUGACGAGGAAGAUGACGAGAAGGGUCUUGUGCAGUCACUUCGGCUUACAGAUGAUCAGGAAACACUACUUGCUCGUCUAGUAGAUGUUUGCAUUGAACAUCACCUCACAACAAUCGAAUCAUCAAAAGCCAAAAAGAAUGCGAAGGACGAUGCUUUAGCUGAUAUUAGUAGAGAGCUGAUAACAUCUAUUCCACGGCUCAUCGCCAAGUAUUCUAAAGAGCAUCGUGGACAAGGAGCACUUCGAUGUGCCCAAGUCCUUUCCAUAGUACGAUAUGUCCGACUAGGAAUGUAUUUAGAGCUUCGUAUGCCGAAAGCAUAUGAUGCCUUGUUGGAAGACUUGAAGGGACUAUAUACUCGACAUGCAAAUCCACACGUCUUGAAUGAAUGUGUCAAGACUCUUGUAUACUUCAGUGGAGGCGUUACCAAAUCUGGCAUAGUCGAUGGUUUGAUAGAAGAAACCAAACCCAAAUCGAAACGGCAGAAGAUGCGAAAAUCCAUCGCCAACGAGACCGAUAAUGUAGUUCCUGAUGGUAAUGUCGGUGAGGCGUCUUUAAAUGCUACCUGUAGGGACAAGAUUGAAGAGUUGGUUGAAGAAAUCUCGACCCAAGUGCGGGAAUGUCUUGCUUCAUGUAAAUCGGCUGCAGAUGAAGUGAUUGAUCAGGAUCUGACGGAUUCCAUAUCCUUAUUGCUACACAGUAUUCGACGACUUGACCACCUCUAUAAUUUUAUUGAUAUUGCUUCAUAUGGUGUUGCGGUGGGUCAAAAAGACUCAGUAGCUGGCAGUCAACCCUCUACCAACGGAACAGAUCCAGCCUCCGAGUCUAUAUUCAACGUCAUUUCCGAAGUCUUGGAAAUGACUCUGUCAGUCUUGAAACCCGAUACACCUACAGAUAUAGCCACAGUUGCCACUCGUAUCAUAGAAACAGCCCUUCGUAUUGUUUCAGCAGAGACGAUAUGGGAAAUCACUGGUGCUGUUAAUGCUAUUGUUCCUGACUUUUUCACGAAUGAUGAAAUAGUCGAGCCUCCAGAAUUAGACCAACAACAGGUUACUAAAGCUUUGGGCGGUAUACCGACAAAGGUCCGUCGUAUUUUAAAUAUUGCCGAAGCUCUUGUUGGAGGGGUGAUGGGUAGGGGUGGAGAAGAAACAUGGAAGUUUGGAUUACCGACUCGACUCGCUGCCUUCCUGGUUUUGUGCGAGACAACAUCGUUUGUCAAUGCUGAUGUCUGGUACAUAUUCCCUGCUCUAGCAUGUAAACCAUCUGAAGAUGCUCAAAAUCAUAUGGCUUGGUUGCUGCUACGAAUAUUCGAGCUUCUCAGGAUUAACACUACCUCCUAUAACGAUUGGUCUCGAACGGAGAUGAUGGGAUUAUCACAUUGUGUAAUGUCGCUAGCUACCACUAUCAUGAAGGGUGUCCACUUCCACUUGCUGGAUGCUGUAACGUGUGCUCCAUCAGUCAUUGCAUACUAUGGAUUGGCUCAGAAUAGUGCUGCAGACCCUCGUAUAGAAGUAUUUGGUCCUAUCUGGGAUCAAAUGGUGUCUUGGAUUCUGCAAGUACUCGUAGUAGAAAACAUGAAGAUGGCCAUCAAAGAAAAGUCAGAAGAGCACGUCAAAAAAUGUGAAGAUUUAGGGUCCCGUGUACUAGUAGAGAGUCUGCUCAAGUCUACAGACUUGUACUUUGGAAGACAAGUUGAUUCUAUCGAGCCAGCUCUUGCUCUCAGUAAAUUAGCUUCGAAACUUUUAGUAGCGUGGGCUAAACUGGUGGAGAGCUUCCCACAACUAAAAAAUCGAUUGACUCGACAAUUGUCUCAUAUCUUGAAGACCGGUAUUGAUUUAACUGUAAAGGCCUUUGUUGCUGCCGUCAAGCCCAAAGUCGAGGCAGAAGAUGAUAUGUCGGGACAGAAUCCUGACGAUACUCUAUUGUUUCAGCCUACUCAAAUAAUCAACGCAAUUGAACCAUUCGCUAUUCAAGCAGCCAAUGAGUGUUUCAAGGCUUGGAGUAUUUUGGUCGCUGAUCUGUGGAAGGCUAGUUGGGAGCUUCAGUUUGACGAUUGUUUCGAGUUAGCUCAAAAGUAUAUCAAGGACCAAGGAAUCCAAGUUGCUGAAGAUGAGGAAGCUUGGGAAUGCUUUACCCAGCUUGGAAAAGUCUUGAGUCAUGAAACUGUUAGAAAGACUCGUGCUACCAAAAAGGGCGCCUCAACAAAGUACAAGAGCACCAAGGCAAAGACUACCAAAACAAAGACCACCAAACCACGUAAACCCACUACCAAGAAACGUAAUGAUAAUAAAGACUCUGAUGCUGACGAAGAAGAAGCAAAUGAAGAAGCAGCAGCCUCAGAAGAUGAUCAAGUUGUUGGACCACUACCAACACCUCGUAAACGUGGUCGUCCUGCGUUGGCACGUAGUGCUAAAAGGUUGAAGAAGGAUGCAGAAGAGGAGGAGGAGGAGGAGGAGGAGGAGGAAGAAGAAGAGCAAGCACCGUCAGAAUCUGAAGAUGGCAAGAAAAGCAGUGUGGAUGAUAAUGUUACAGAUCGUGAAGAUGGCGCGGCUAGUAGUGUUGCACACUCGGAUGGUGCUGAAAAUGGCGUGCCCCCUGGUUUGGAUAAGGAUGUAGUUUCUGAAACAAUGGAUGGAGAGGCGGAUAUAGAGGAGCAAGUUACAACACUUGUGCAACCUCCUCAGUAUACAACUCCACUUGCUAAAAGAAAGAGUGCUCCAGUUGCUAACAAGGAACCUGAACAAAGGGCUAGCACUGCUAGGGAUGAGGAUGAUGACGAUGCUCAAAGUCAUGGAGACACUGCCUCUUAUAACGAUUUGUCUGAUGAUGAACUCAACCGGCCUGUUGAACGAGCAUAG